AUGAUUAACUGCGAUUGUAGAAAGGUGGAAAUUUUUGUGUUUUUUAUAAAAAAACGACCGAACAUUUCUCGUUGUCAUCGACUUCUUCCCCUAUUAGCACAACAUCGUGAGAACAAAACUCCGACCAAGAGGUUCCACGCUUGCAUUCGUGGAGCUGCAUCGGCAGUUGAUAUUCGGAGAAGUCUUCAUAGAGCCUCCACAGGAUAUCUCAAACACCGUGGAAAGUCGAUGGAAAUGUUGCCUGACAACACACCAUUGGAUGUUCAAUUACUGUACAAACUCCAAAGUGAGUUGUACGACCUUCACGAUCGCCUGCAGUAUGCGGAGAACGCAAAUACUUCGAGAUGUUUUUUAACAGAGGGAAAUGUGAUCGUUACAACUCAACUUCAUUGUUCAGAUAUUACAGCAGGACUUGCCUGCCGAACUGAUCAAUUAGUACACAGACCAAAAACUGGAAGUGGAACGCAACAUUCACCAUCACGUGAUGUAUUUUCGCAUUCAAAAAGGCACUCUUCCCCCAAUCUUGAUCAUGGAGGGUUACGUAUCGUUGUUAAUCCAAGCGAAGCUGAAGGAAGUGAGGACUUCUUCACUGGAACUUCAAAAACUCUUGAAGGUUCACCGGUUUCACCACAGAAGCUUCCUCCGUGGGUGAUGGAAAUCCACGGUCAGACAACCUCCGAUGGCAUUCCAACAAUCAGUGGGGAUGUGAGUGAAUUAACACUGCGCUUGCAAAACCUUCAAGCCGACAUUAGUCGUCACAAAGACGAGAUUUCCAAGUUGGAGGAUCAGAGGAGGAUGAAGGGAUCAAAUCACAUCAGCCCACCAGAGGCUGGAAAAAUCCGAUUCCAACACUAA